AUGGCUGAAAUUCAGGUUGCUAUAGACAGAUUCAGUGAACUCCCACUGGAAAUCGCCCAUCACAUUUUGUCCUUCCUUCCAAUAGCUGAUGUUACUCGGGUGAGCAGCUUGUCCAAAAGAUGUAGUCGCCUUCGUCUGUCAAACCCCACAGUGAACUUCCAUUCGUUUCCCUCUGAGUCCACCCUCACAUUUCAGAAGAGGUUAAAGUUGUGGAACUCCUUGGAUCGCUUCCUGAUGCCAACUGUAGGCAAUCUACAUGGUAAUAAUACAGAUUUCCCUUCUUCUAUGUUUCUUUGUGAGUCUUUGAGGUUUAUUAAGGAUUUGAGGCUGGAACAGGUUUAUGGGUUGGAAGACAUAACCAUUGAAAGUUCCUCUUUGGAGUCAUUCUCGGUCCGGUUUCCCUGUUAUUUUGACAUUGAUCGCCUUGCAAUAUCUGGUGAUAGAAUUAAAGAUAUAGAUAUAGAUUGGGACUAUGAUCCAACCCGGAACAACAAUACUAGUGUGUUGUAUAUUUCGGCUCCAAAUCUGAAGUAUCUGACAUGGUAUGGGAAUAUAUUGAAUCAUCAGCAUCUUGGGGAAAUGCAUCGUUUGGAACAAGUUGAGAUUUCUCUUUCUUCUUAUCAUGUAAAUGACUUGGAUCGCGUUUGUGAGCAGCUUUUGCACAGUAUAAGCAGUGUGAAAUAUCUUCGUCUAGAUCAAGUGACUGCUAAGAUAGUGUUCAGGGAAGGUUUCACUCCUGCCCCAUUGGGCAAUGUUUGCAACUUGCGUAUGUGGAUUUGGUGCAAUAUUGAUGAUAAACUUGUGGCAGCCAUGACCUCUCUUUUUAGGGCUGUGCCUAAUUUGACUACUUUGUCUGUAUCAUCAUAUCCUGAGUAUCCUUUUCUUGGUGGUGGUACUAAUUUAUCUGGAUUUGAUAAGGGAUACUGGGAACUCCAGCGCUUUGAUUUUGUUCGUAAUUUAGAGCAGUUCUUGCGCAGUAUUAGCAGUGUGAAAGUUCUUCUAGACCAAGUGACUGCCAUGGUAAAGAGACACUAUCUAGUACUUAAUCGCUCCUUUGCCAUUGUGAAUUUGUGA